GAAGAAUGUCAAGUCGACCGCUGGCUUUUCAUAAUAAUUGAGUGUCAGUGUGCGGCUUGCAUUGGUCCAGGGUCCAGCCAUGCUGCGACUUCUAUCUCUUCUAUCUGUGUCCUUCUAUGUUGUGCUGUUCGUGAAGACAACCCUGUCCAGUAUUUAUCAUCCCUCGUGGCAGCAAUAUUAUCCACAACGAAAAUGGUCAUUGUAUGAGGAGCAAAUCCAUUACCGGCCGGCGCGGACCAGAGCUGGCUUCGGCAGAUAUCGGUUGCUUCCGGUUGGUGCCGAGCUCAUAUGCGACUUCCCAGAAAACCUUGUGACUGUCUCCAACAUAAUAUGGGAGAGGGCCGACCUAGGGGACAACAACAGUUUGGAUGAGAUCUACAGGCAGCACGGAAUACAACAGGACUACAUUCUGUUCACACGGCCGCACGGGUCAACGCUCAGAUUUGUCGACAUCACUCCACUCGACCGCGGCCUCUACCGGUGCAUUGUAACUGCCAUAGAGCCUAAUUCUGGAAAGCGACUCACACUAUUUCAGGAUGUUCACUUUUACCCAAUAUUUUGAAAAUAUUCCCGUAAUUGCCAAACUAUGAUGAGACAGGAUGAACAAAAACCAAAGAAUAAAUUAGUACAUCAUCUAAAAUACAUGAUAGAAAAUAUAUAAAACAGUCAUUUACAACUACACGAAGUGUAGUUUUGAUAUUCCACAAUAUAAUGAAGUCUCUUAAAAACAUGAAAUAUUUUUCUAGACUCUCAGCACCCUAUAAAAGGUUGCGCUUAUAAUUAAGAAGAUUUCAUUCAAUUUUUUCUGUGAGUAUAUUUUUCUCUUAAUAACAAAGUUUGAUAAAAAUGAUAUCAUAAAAUAAAAAUAUUUUCAUCACGAUAUUUCUAAAAAUAGGAGUUUACAAGUGUUAUUAAAAAUAAGUUGGUAGAAAGUAAAUCAAAAGAUAUAAUAACUGGAUGCGAUAGCCCAUUCAUGAGGAGUCCUGAAACUCUAGUAAGAUGAUUUUGAACAGUUGAACGAAAUAUGCAUGUGAUAUUUAAUUGAGUUUCCUAGUAUUUAUUUUCAUAGUUUCUCUUUGUAUUGAUGAAGGAAUAAAAUUUGAUUUUAUAAUAGAGCAUUUGGUAAACUGUGAAAAAAUAGAGUCUAGAUUUACUGUAGCUGAAAUGUUUACUUCCCAAUAAACAAUCAUCAGUUUCGAAUUUCGUUAAUUAUUUGGAUUGUAAAUCCUACCAAUAAUCUCUAAUCAAAAUCAUAAUUCAUCGAGAUAAAAUAAAUCGACAAAUAAAAGAACAGGGGUAAUUCACUUAAAAAUUUAUUCUACCUUUGUAUAGGAUACAAAAUUAGGGAAUUAUUGGAAUUAGUUUUAAAAAGUGAUGCCAGAAGCAUCCUAGGUUUGAAGUUUUAUGAAUUAAAUUAAGUAGAUGAACCUCCAAGCUUGUGA